AUGUCGAGCACAGCAAACGAUCCGCGACUGCUAUACAGCGUCAACAACAUCCGUGCUUUUCAUAUUCAAGAUGGUGAGGAGCAGGACCUCACGCCGUCCGGUCCUCAAACCCUAUCAUUGCUAAUGGUCCCCACCAACACCCCUGCUGCUGGCCCGGGGACAGAUUGGCCUGAAGAUUCACCGGAAGAGGAUUUCUAUCUUCAUCUGUACCUCCCACCUGAGCUCGAUCUUGCGAUACCAGCGACUACACAGAUCUUUCACCAACCUCCUGACAGUUAUCUGAUUCCCCGCUGGGACAUGGGUCCCGAUGCUGGCGCCUUCAUUCGCAUUCAGUUCCCUAGCAUUGGCACAGGCCCCAGCAACGUAUCCCAGGAUGAUAUCGACACAUUUGAAUCCAUCCUUGCGCAGUGCACUGCAUUCCUCGAGCGCACCCCGCACCCGAAAGCUCAGGACCAUACUGCUUAUAACCCGGCUGACUACGCACCCGGCGAGGGUUAUGUUGGGGCCCCGGAUACAAAGAACGCAGAUGCGCAUGGGAGAAUUGUCCUCGUGGAUGAAGAAAACGGCAGUGUGGUUGGGGAGCUAGGAGAUGGUUACAAUGUAGUUGAGGAUGCCGACGUGAAGCCUGGUUCUAAAAGACCGGUAGGAAUUGAACUCCCUGCAGAAGGCGGAGGCAACCAAGUCAGUGUCAGCAAUGUCUCCGAAGAAUACCUGGCAAUGGCCCGGCACCCAGCAUAUAAGAACUCGACACUGGUUCAGAGUUCAGCUACAGCAUCUCGUCUACUCGUGACCGGAUCGACGUAUCUGGCAAAUGCCAUCGCAAGCGGCGCGGAGAAUUUCCAAAAGAGGACGCAGCCAAAUGUCACGCCUCUAAAGUUCUCAGACGCUACUCACGCGCGCAUCCGCAAGGUCGGCACUCUAUCCAACGGAGCAGCUGAUAUUUCUGCUCGCACAGUCGGACAGGUCGGCAAGGUUGCACAGAACCUAGGUGCGUCAUUAGCGCGCAGGCAAGAAUCCGGCCGAAACAAGGGCAUCGACAAGCGCAACCCGCCACCAGAAUACAAGCCCGGUGUGCUGAACAAAUCAAUGAUCGCAUUCUCAACCCUGGCCGACGGCAUCGAGCAGGGCGCCCGGAACAUGCUCUUCUCCGGUGCCGGAGCCGCCAGCUCCAUGAUCGGACACCGCUACGGCAAUGAGGCAGGCUCCGUCGCAACCAACCUGACAGGCGGAAUCAAGAACGUUGGAUUGGUUUACAUCGACGCCACGGGUGUCAGUCGCCGUGCGCUUUUGAAGUCUGUUGCCAAGGGCAUGGUUGUUGGAAGAAUGCGCGACGGCCAACAGGUUGUCGUCGGCGGUGGUGACGGCGGCCAGGUUCCAGCUAACGCUGUGGAGGCUGCUUCAGGCCCUUCUGGCUUGAGCGCCCGAGACCCUGUUGUGCGGCGCGCGUCGCCUAACCCCACACCGCCUCCUGCAUAUGGUGCGUCGGGGACAAUGUCCCUCAGCGGGUCAUCCAUGCCAGGGGGUAAGCGGUAA